GACUCGUAGGACUAGUCGGGCUCCCCGUCCGGAGAUUCCAGACACCCCAGGCCGACCGUUGCUGCCUUCAUGCCUGCAUGCCUGGCAGCCGAGCCGAAAACGUUCCGGCCCGGCAUUUUCUAUUCCGCGUGCAGUCCAUCUGCCUAUUAGUAUCCCCUAGGGAUUAGUAGGACCUAAAGCCUGGCUAGAGCUUCGCAAUUGAUGCAUUCGCCAUUGUCCUAGAGAGCAUAGGAUUCGGUCAUGAUGUUUUGUGCCCAGUCGCACGGCGGUCGAUCUCGUCUCGUCGGCCAAGAGACCAAGACACCAAGAAUUGCCCGAACCGGCAGGUGUCAAGGCUUGACUAUCGUAGGAAAUGAUCGCUUGGACUGGUGUCGCUGGAUUCCGCCAAUUGAGGAGUGGACAAACCGGUUCUUCUCGCAAGUCGCGACAGAGGGAAUUUCGAAUUCCUCAACUGCAUCUGUGGUCUGUGCUGUUCCCCGUACCCACGUGAUUCCUCUUCUGCCCCUUCUCUCUCUCUCUCUCUCUCUCUCUCUCCCUCUCCGCGUCGCUGAAUCUACACCUCCCUUUGUUUUCAAUUCUACCAUCACAACGCUACUUCCUACUUCCAUCAUACGCGCCGAGGCAGAUCCUAUGGCACCCUGCAACACCUUCAAAUCCAAAUCCAAGAAACGUCAACCAGUUGGCCCCACUCGCUAACUGCAGAAACGGAGUACGGCCGAAGAAAACGAGGUCCGGAUAAGAGGCACACUACGGAGUAAGACCCACCAGCUU